AAAGCAAGCCAAGGCCACCCUGUGACUCUUUUUUUUUUCUUCUUCUUUUUCUCCCCUUUUCUCUCCAAUUUGGAACGCCCAAGUCCCAAUGCACUCUAAGUCCUUGUGGUGGCGUAGUGACUCGCCUCAAUCCGGGUGGCGGAGGACGAAUCUCAGUUGCCUCCAUGUCUGAGACUGUCAAUCCGUGCAUCUUAUCACAUGGCUUGUUGAGCGCGUUACCGCGGAGACAUAGCAUGUGUGGAGGCUUCACGCUUUUCUCUGCGUAAUCCAUUCUCUGUGAGCGAACCACAUUAUAGCGACCACGAGGAGGUUACAACAUGUGACUACCCUCCCUAGCAACCGGGCCAAUUUGGUUGCUUAGGAGACCUGGCUGGACACCCUGUGACUCUUGAACAGACUAGGUUGUCUCCAUUUUCCGUUAAGAAUGAGCUUUUGAAUUGGAACAAUGGAUUGCUAUGGGACUAUUCACACCAUGUCCGACAAAUCGUCCACCGACAAUCCAAAGUUUGACUUUUUUCUUCAGACUGCAAUGAAAACUGACUGACCAAUCAUUUUGCCAGAGUCGCUGCUGUUCCAGUGUGUUGGUGGCGCUAAUCAACUGGCAAACAGGCAUAAAUGAGGCGGAAGAAGCACGGUGGAGGAAUACACUAGCGUUCGCUUUGGAUUUAUGGAUACGUCAGGAUGAAACGGCUCAGGACUUCAAGCAGCAGUGACAGUUCAGACAAUGAGAGUCCCUCGACGUCCUUUUCCUUUAACAAGUAUGGAAGCAAACCAGGCACCCCCGCCUCUGCUCAUAAGAAACCGGCAGAGGUGUUCAGAAAAGACUUGAUCAGUGCAAUGAAGCUUCCGGAUUCUCACCACAUCUCUCCAGAAGAUUAUUACCUGCUGGCUGACACGUGGAAGCAGGAAUGGGAAAAAGGUGUACAAGUACCCGCCAGUCCAGACACCAUCUCUCAGCCCUCUGUGAGAAUAAUGGCAGAGAAGCCAAAGGAGGUCCUCUUCACGAAACCCAGGAAGUAUAUUCAGUGCUGGAGUCCGGACUCUACAGAGAUGGGUUACGUCAACAUCAAAGAGCUGGCAGAGGCCAUGUGCAGAUACGACCUAGACAAUAUGGACUUAUACUGGCUCCAGCAGCUCAAUGCAGAGCUUGGGCAGAUGGAAGAAGAAAAGAGUCAUAUGUGUUUGGAACAACAUGAGGGUGAUGGGCCGGUGGACGAGUUGACAAUGGAACGGGUGAUGGAGGCCCUGGAGAGGCAGUGCCAUGAAAACAUGAACCAUGCCAUUGAGACAGAGGAAGGGUUGGGAAUAGAAUAUGAUGAGGAUGUCAUCUGUGAUGUAUGUCGUUCACCUGACAGUGAAGAGGGCAAUGACAUGGUCUUUUGUGACAAGUGCAACAUUUGCGUGCACCAGGCCUGCUAUGGCAUUGUGAAAGUGCCAGAUGGAAACUGGCUGUGCAGAACGUGUGUGCUUGGCAUCAAUCCUCAGUGCCUUCUUUGUCCAAAAAGUGGGGGUGCAAUGAAGGCCACCAGGGCGGGCACCAAAUGGGCUCAUGUAAGCUGUGCUCUCUGGAUACCGGAGGUGAGCAUUGCGUGUCCAGAGAGGAUGGAACCAAUCACCAAAGUGUCUCAUAUUCCCCCCAGCCGCUGGUCCCUCAUCUGUAGUCUCUGUAAGCUCAAGACUGGAGCCUGUAUACAGUGCUCAGUUAAGAACUGCACCAUCCCUUUCCACGUCACUUGUGCUUUUGAGCAUAAUCUAGAGCUGAAGACCAUCCUGGAUGAAGGUGAUGAGGUCAAGUUCAAAUCCUACUGCCUGAAGCACAGUAAACCCAAAACAGGUGAACUGGGCUUGAGCCCGGCCCGUCAUAAACCUCCAACCGAAACGGAGAAGCUGGGCCUGAGAGCGCAGAAACUUCAGGAGCUGGAGGAGGAGUUCUACACCCAUGUGCAUCCUGAACAAGUGGCCCAGGACCUUGGACUGCCUGUCCACUUGCUGGAUUUCAUCUUUCAGUACUGGAAAAUGAAGAGAAAAAGCAACUUUAACAAAGCCCUGCUGCCACCUAAAGAAGAUGAAGAGAACAUGCUUCUGCAGCCACAGGAGGACAGCAUACAUACGCGAAUGCGCAUGUUCAUGCACCUACGGCAGGACCUGGAGAGGGUGAGGAACUUGUGCUACAUGGUGAGUCGGAGAGAGAAACUGAAGCUGUCUCAGAGUAAAGCUCAGGAGCAGAUUUUCAAUCUGCAUGUCAAGCUCAUCAACCAAGAGUUAUCUGCAGGGCUUCCUGUGUCAUCUUCUAUAGAGAACCUACUGUUUCACCCUCCUCCCAGGAUAACAAUCAAACUCAAAAUGCCCAAAGUGUCACUUGGCAAUGGUAAGCAAUUCCAAAACAAUUCCAAAUCUGGUAAUGGACCUCUGUGCCCGGACAACAGCGUUAAUGUGUAUGACAGUGUUGAGAGUGGCAUUGGCCAAGGAAAGCCGCAACUCCAUCACAGCCGGGCACGGAUAGAGGAGCGCGCUAAUGGCCUUAUGCCUGCCUCGGUCUGCAUACGGCGAGAUGGUGGAACACCCACGUUGGCUGUGAAACAAACAGGCAAACCCCUGGCUCUUCAUGCUGCCCUCCAUGGUCAAUCAUCCAAUGGAAAGGGCAAAGCCGAACCGGAUAAAACACGCCAACUGAAAGCCAACGGAAUUAUAGAGAAGCCUGUGCUUCAAAGAUACACUUCCAGCCAGACACCUACUGGGCAAGAAACACGAACCGAGAUUUCAGGGAAAGGUCAAGUAGGUGGAUUCUACAAAACUUCCCUUGAGCACUUCAGUAGAUCCCUCAAAGAAGCAACUGUCAGUUUAGUACGAACUGAGGAUCUACGGGCCUUUGAGAAGAAUGCACGCAAGUCCUCUGGAUUCCCCAAACCGGUUUCCAAUGAACGGCCACUAGGUGGCAGCAGAGCAUACCAAGACAGCGAUGGUUACUGCCCAGACGUGGAGCUCAGUGACUCUGAGCCUGAGGCUAAGGGGAAGAGCCGGCAGGGAAGUAGGAGGCAAAACCAGAGAACUCCCGCUGAGGACUAUCUCAAGUCAGCGACUCGAGCAAAACUGUCAUUAAGCUCUAGGACAUCAGUGAAAAGGUGACAGUCUUUCAAAGGCAUUAAAAAAAAAAUCUCAAACCCACUGCCACAAAUUACCGUAAACCCUCCAGCGGUUGUCAUAAGUGCCAGACUUGCCCUCAGACAGAAGAUUUUUUUGCUGUCCUCUGUUGAUGUUCACGUGAUGGUUUUUAGUAUGGCGUGCCAAAAAUAUUCUCCCCUAUUUUUGUAAUGGGUCUGUCUGUUGGAUUGGCAUCACUGUGUCUCUCUACCAGCUCUGAACCAUAGUAUUUCUGCAUUAAAUGGACUCAGUAAGUGAGAGCACACCAUGUGUCAUGUACAGUAGGUUUUAUGGGCCUUGAAGCCAUGUUUCUGUACAUAAUGAUCAAAAAAGAACCUCUUUUGUUAGACUGUACAUAGUAGUUUGUGUUAAGAUGUGGAACACAUUGUUCAGAUUGUUUCCACGUACUGAAACAUUAUCAUACUUUCUUACUGAUAUGGUUUUGCAAAUAAAUAAAGACUUAAGAACUCAGAAGUGACAAAUGCUUGGUUGUUCUGAGGAUUUGUUUGGCCAUCUGAAAGAACAGACUGUUUUCUCUGUCCUGUUUCUCACUCUCCAUGCCUCUGUCUUUGUCUCUCUUUCUUUGUUGUUUCCACCUUUUUUUUUGUAAUGUUAGAAAUGGGAUGCUUGCUGUCUGAUUUGCUCUCUCUGUUGAGAAAGUGUGUGUGCAACCUGAAAUGGUCUUCCAUCAUUGUCUUGAAAUAACAGAAAAUGUCAGUUAAACCCUUAUUUUUUUUAAAUGUAGAACGGCACUUUUCAUUAUAGAUGAUUUUUUUAAUUGUUUUUCGCUUGAUCAAUUUGGCUAUCCCUUGUCAGGUUAUGUUUUAUGUAAGGCCAUGAGAAAUGGCCUAUUGGGCCUGUAAUAAAAGAUCAUGGAAUUUUACAUGCAUGAGAAGUAGUGCAGUAUUUUAGCUCUAGAAAAAAAAAUGUAAAUUUAUUUUGGUAAUCUGGACAAUUAGCUGGGCUCUUAAAAUAAAUUGAAAGUUUUUUUACAUAGUGUUUACUUCAGUAUGUAUUUAGAUAUUUAAGCCACACUAAAAAUUAGGGAUGCACUGAUAUGAACAUUUUUGGUCUGCAGAUUUUUACAAAAAAAUUAGGACAAUACCGAUAUUUCUGUCAUCAGAUCACUGUUUUGCUUAGGAAUUAUGCUUUAAAAAAUUUACAAAGAGGUACAAAAGCAAUGU